AAUGUGCUUAUCGGUGGCAACUCUGCGGCUGGCAUUUUCUGGCCUUCCCACGGCUGGCCAUACUAUACAGAUGAUUUUUGGUCUUCUUCUUACACCUGCGGUCGCAUGGCCCGGGAAUAAAUAAAUUCUCAACGUUUCUGCGGAAAAUGAAAGUAGGCAAACUAAACGAGCAAAUGCUGAAAGAAAUGCAGCUGAGUUUCCAGCUCACCGAACAACGCGAGCUUGCCUCCGGUCGCCGCAAGCCGGCAAAACCAGUGCCGCUACCUGUGGCUUCCAAACAGAAGGUGUUUCCAAAGGCUUCCAGUGCUCCCGCAGAGGUUUCGCCAGGAAAGUUACAAAAAGUUGACAUGGAGUCGCCUCAAAAUCCGAAUACAAAGAAGAAGGGUGCCCAAAAGAGACCGGUUUUCAGUAGGGAGUCAAUAGCAGAUAGUUCUCCAUCUCAAAAGAAGCCAAAGAAGGAUGUUACUUCUCCAGGAAAGAAUCCCAAAGCUAAGUUCCAGAGCAUUCCACCGAAAACCGUUGUCUUGGAUAACCCUAAUAUUCCCUUGACAAAACAACUUAAAAAGGCUUCCAAGCAAGAGGUUCCAAAGAAAAAUGAACCUAAAAGGAACACCAAGAAAACAACGGGCGACAAAAUCGCCAGGGGUCCUCUUAUACCUCACUUUAUCCAAAAUGGAUAUAAAAACUCAAAGCAGGUUACAAAAAAUUGUCCUGUUAAGAGCUUUAAGAUUUUCAAAAGCAAUGGUUUUGAUAACAAACGAAAGGAUUUUGAGAUUUUAUCAGCAGACGAAGACUAUAAAGAGAUAGAUGAAAAUUCCUUGGAAAACGAUUCUUUUGACGAUGAAUUCGAGGAAGUAAGCGAAAAUUUCUUAAAGAAGCCCCAGAUUUUCAAAGUCAAAUCCAAAGGUGUUCAGACCAAAAGGUUAGCCUUACCUGCUCCAUUCGAAAAUGUUGAGCACCGAGCUCACCUAUUGCAAGGCGAUGGCAAGGGAGUAGUUCGAAAGAUCGAGGUGUUCGAGAGUGCUUUGGCGGAAAUUGACAGUGACGAAGAGGAUGAUGACUAUGAACCACAGGAUAGCGACGAUUUUGGAUCUGAGGAAUUUGAAAGCGACGAAUCUGACAGUGAAGAUACCAGCAGUGAGGAGUUCGACAGCGAAGAUAGCGAAGACUUUGACAGUGAUGAAGAUUUCGACAGUGAAGAUAGCGAUAGUGAAGAAUUUGGCAGCGAUUUCUUUGACAGCGACGAUCUCGAUUCCACCUACGAGCCUCCUGACAUUGAAGGAUUCUUUGAUGAACCACCUGUGGGAGUACAAAAAGAGCCGCUUAUUAUAGAGGAAAUCUUUGAUGAUCCACCUGUAGAUGAAAACCAGAAAGAACUGGUUAGAUAUAAACCCAAGGCGAAAGAGACUUUAAAAGAUGAUACCGUUGAGGAACAGAUUGCAGAAGAAUCAAUUGAUGUGCCGCCAGAGGAAGACUCAAUUACACCAGCAUCAAGCAGUGCAGUAGAAGAACCUGACGUUCCCGAGGAAACCAAAAUGGAUGCUGAGGAAUCACUACCAGAGAUUGUAGGACCCGAUGAGGAUCAAGUUACCCAACCAAUCGACGCUCCAUUUUAUAGAAAUCCCCAAGCAAACUACACCGAGCUCAGUGUCUUCGAGAACAGUCUGAAGAGCAACCAUGUGCUGGCCGUGAUUAAAGAGGAUCUGGAGCUGUAUGGCACACUGGUGCUUACCCUGCUCAGUGGUCAGAUAUCAGUAAAUGGCUACAGACCGCGUAGGCAAGAGGCACUCACCAUUUAUUCGCCAAAAGGCCUUAAUUGGGUGUCCAUCUCACCCACAAAGACCAAAAAACCUGCCAAGGAUGAGGUGCAAUGGGAGGAGCUCAACAAGAACUUUACACGCGCCCAGCUGGAAAGGAUUCAGGGCAGCUUUCAGAAUCAGACAAAUGCAAUAGUGCUACUACAGCGCAAUACUGGUGCCCAGCAUCUGGUGGACAACUUUGGCAAACACAUGGCGCAGAAUGUCUUCCCCCUCGUCAACGCUUCCAAUCGGCCGUUUCACCAAAGCGAAUCCCUGCUUCACUGCCUGAUCCAAUCCUCCGACCUAAGUCGCACUUUGCAAGUGCCGCAGGUGUGGAACAAGUUGAAACUGCAGGCCUCUAGUCGGAUACUAAUAGCUGGUGGCAAGGGCGUUGGAAAAUCCAGCUUACUGCGUUACCUCAUCAAUCGGAAUUUGGGCCAGUUCCCAUCACUCCUGCUCAUCGAUUUGGACAUUGGCCAGCCGGAAAUCUUUGUUCCUCAGACGGUUUCCUGCACCCUUAUCGAUGGACCCCUCCUGGGACCAGGAUUUCUGUAUAACAAGCAGCCGGACCUGGCUUACGUCGUAGGCCACACCAAUAUAGUCUUGUGCGCAGAGCAGUAUGCCCGAGCAGUGAUUCAGUUGAUCCAGAACAUAAAAAAGGAUGCGAAGUACGCGAAUAUUCCCUGGCUGAUCAAUACCAUGGGCUACAACAAAGGCUUUGGUACCGAGCUGAUGGCCCUGCUGGUGGAUCGCAUCCGACCCACGGACCUUAUACAAAUCUCCAGUCCAGUACCGGUCAACAACUUUGAUUCCUUCCUCGAGUGGAGCAGUUUGUCGCAGUUGAAACCCAUUAUCUACACGGCGGAGGAGUUCAGGGUGAAGGAAAUACCAAAGUACACGCUCCACAGGCUACAGAGCGUGGCGCCUGGCAAAGAUCGGGGCGCUUGGAGCCUGAGCGCCAAGGACAUGCGGUAUUCCAACCUGCUGGCCCGUCUCAGUUCGUGUCUCACGGGCAACGCCAAGACCCUCACAGACUGUCAGCCCUUAAAGGUGUCUCUGGAUUCCCUGAAGAUUGCACAAGCCACCAGCGAGAGUUACUCACGCGAAGAACUGAUCCACGGCAUGGAGGCAAAUGUGGUUUAUCUGUGUAAUCAGCAGGAUGAAGGCCUGCCCCAGUGCUUGGGAAUAGGAGUGGUUCGUGCCAUUGACUAUGAGCGGAAGGAGCUGUUCCUGGUGCCUGCCAUGCCGCUGCAAAGGAUGUCCCUGGUGGAUUGCCUCAUCCUGGGCGGAGAACUCACCCUGCCGCAGGGCUACUUUAGGGAUCAGGGCCAGGGUGUGGCCAGCAGUGUGCCCUUCGUGUUCAUCCUAGACGACUCGAAGUCUUCGAAGAGUAUUCAGCAGAUCUACCAUCGAUCGCCGGCCUUCCUGGGAGUUCCAGCGAAUCAGAGAAACUCAAACUGAGCACUGCUACAUCAAGCUACUUGUAAAAAUACUAUUUGUAAAUAAAGUGAGGUUUAUUAACGAA